ACAGCGUCUAUAUAUACAGCUAGAGUGAAGCCCGGAGCCCAUAACAAAAGGAAGUCAGAAUGGAGACGAGGUAUCUCAUCGGGCUGGUUCUCAUUUUGCUGGUGCUUGGCCAUUGUGAAGCUUUCAGGCAGAUGCGUCACCGCAACCGAUGCGGCCGUGGUCGCAGAAUGUGUUCGUCUGUGAUGCGAUGCGUCUCCAACACAAAGGUUUGUGACGGCAACAACGACUGCGGGGACUUCUCCGACGAGUAUACAUGUCCCGGAUUUCAAUGUCCCCCAGGGAAGUUCCAGUGUAAUGACGGCCCCUGCAUCACUCAGAGGUGGCACUGCGACAACUACAACGACUGUGUCGACGGCUCCGACGAGAUCGGAUGCAAUAUCUGAAACACACUACACCCAUCGCCAUGACCAUCAAGCACGGCGCUGAUGAACCAGACCUCUUCCGAGAUUCACCCGAGGCAGAAACACACUGGCUGAUAGAGCCGGAUCAUGCUGCAACUUCUUCAACGUGAACGGACAACGCUUAUUUCAUUCUCAUCUAGAAAUCGGAAAAAGUGUAGACCUCAUUCGCCCUUCAUAUUCGCGAUUAUAUUAAUUUUGGAGUAUAAAAUAAAUAAAUAUUUGUUAAACUAAG